GCUUUGAACCAGGCCCAGUAAUCUCUAGGCCCAUCAGUCCAAUUGGCUGGUCAUCUCAUCGUCUUCUUCUCUCGCGUCAAUUCAAUUUUGUCAAUUUGUUGUUGCCUCCGCCGUACCGUCUCUUCAAGUUGAUUUCUUUCGAUUAUUUUGGUCGGAGAAGAGCAAAUGGCGUCGAGUCUGAUGAAAACCCUAAUCGAAUCUUCCAAAUUGGGAGUCAGAAAUCUCUGCCUCGUUCCCAAUCAAGUCAGCAACCACACCGCCAAGUGGAUGCAGGAUACUAGUAAGAAAUCUCCCAUGGAGUUGAUCAAUGAUGUUCCACCCAUCAAGGUUGAAGGCAGGAUUGUUGCUUGUGAAGGAGACAGCGACCCGGCACUAGGGCACCCAAUUGAGUUCAUAUGCCUCGACCGGAAGGAGCCAGCCGUCUGCAAGUAUUGUGGCCUUCACUACUUUCAGGAUCAUCACCACUAAGAAUGUGAAUGUGAGGUGAUUAUUUCCAAGGUUAUGAUGGCUGCAAGAUUGUUGUCCAUCCUUGUAUGUUUGGUGAAACUUUUUAAGGCAAAAAGCCAAGCUGAAAUGAUAAAUACUUCCUCUGGUCUUUUUUAGCAGAGAAUAAGGAAUUGUUCAAGCUUGUCUGUGUUAUUCUUUCUAUACUUUGUAUUUGAUUAUCUAGUCAAAGUUGCUUUGUGAAAUGUUUUGAUGAGUUGUUUGGUGGUGAGAUGUUGAUAAACAUCUUAUAACACAAUCAUAAAAUAGUGUUAUUGAAACAACUUUCAAUUUAUUGCCAA